CGUCAAGCUUCGCACCAGAGCUCCAACCACAGCCGUUCAAGCAUGUCAACUUGCUGCGGGCCACACUAUAGUCCGCCCAAGUUGAGGCGGCAUGGUGAAGCCACGAGCUGCACGCAAGCAGCCCAUUGUGCUCUCUUCCGACACUGAAGGCAGUUCACCGCCUCCCCCCAAAAGGCCCAAGAGGGGCACACUAGCCAGUUCGUCCACUGAUGUGCAGGGCAGCAGCAAGGCGAGGGCUACUCGCGUGCAGAAGAGACUUGCAGUGUCGCCGAAGCUGUCAUCAAUUGCGUCGACCCAGAAAUCGCCAACUAAAUCUCCAAGGAAGCUGAAGCCGAUUCACAAACCCAUAACAUCCUUCUUCCUCCCGGGUACUACUCCCCACUCGCAGUCCGUGCAGCCUACACCGACAUCCAGCCCCGGGAAACGCGCCACACCGCUGGAGGACGUUGACGAUAUUCUCGAAUCCUCCGACGAUGAUCGACGGUCCCAGCCACCGACUGCGUUACCUGUGCGCAAGCGGAAGAGCGUGACAGCUCUCGCUGCUUCAGAUGCCGGCAAUGGUUCCAAGGGCAGCCAGAAGUUUCUGCGUACGGCGAGCGGCGCUCGUGGCACACCUCCUCCCUCGCAGCCAGCUCGCAAAGAACCAGCAGAUGGACGGCCAUGGACUGAAAAGUACGGUCCUCUGUCGCUCGAUGAGCUGGCAGUGCACAGAAAGAAGGUGUCAGAUGUGCGCACAUGGCUUGAAGAUGUCUACAGUGGCAAGCAGAGGAAGCGACUGCUGCUUCUGAAAGGCCCUGCAGGCAGCGGCAAAACUACAGCCAUAGCCCUACUUUCAAAAGAGCUGGGCAUCCACAUGCAUGAGUGGAAGAACCCCGCCAGCUCCAUGACAGCAUCUGAGGGCAUCGUAUCUGCGACUGCGCAGUUCGAUGACUUUGUGGGAAGAGCAGGCGCAUUCGGCAGUCUUACCUUCGAUGGGCCACAUCAAACUCCACCACAAGUUGUAUCCAGCACUGACAGUAGACAAAAUCAGCUCGUCCUUGUAGAGGAGUUUCCCAAUACAUUCGCGCGUGCGUCUCCCGCCGUACAAUCUUUUCGAUCAUCUGUUCUCAACUUCCUUGCUGCCACCACUCCCUCAGCUACUACGUUCUUUGCUAGGCAAGCCGGUCCUGAACACUCUAUCACGCCCAUCGUUAUGAUCAUCUCUGAGACACUGCUGUCUACGAAUACGGCCGCCGCUGAUAGCUUCACUGCUCACCGUCUGCUCGGACCUGAGAUCCUGACCCACCCGGGGCUAUCGGUUAUCGACUUCAAUCCAAUCGCGCCGACGUACAUGACAAAGGCACUGGACCUAGUUGUGGUCAAAGAGGCGCGCAAGUCAGGACGAAGGAACACUGCUGGGCCGCAGGUAAUACAACGGCUCGCGGAGCUUGGCGAUGUGCGCAGUGCUGUGUCAUCACUUGAGUUUCUCUGCUUGCGAGGAGAUGAGUCGGAGGGAUGGGGCGCGAAGGUCAACUUCUCGAAGAAGAAGGGUCCCAAAGAUGUGCCGAUUACCAAGAUGGAGAGAGAGUCGCUAGAGUUAGUGACCCAGCGAGAAAGCACUUUAGGUAUCUUCCAUGCUGUUGGAAGAGUUGUGUAUAACAAGCGUCUGCCGGAGGACCCAAACAACCCCGUGCCUCAACCACCGCACUUGUUCCCCGAACGGCGUCGACCGAAGGCCUCGGAAGUCAAUCUCGACACGCUUAUCGACGAGCUCGGCACCGAUACCCAUACUUUCACUGCGGCACUACACGAGAACUACGUUCUCUCAUGUGGAGGAGCAGACAGCGAAGAAACUAUGGAUUCGGUAGAUGGUUGCAUCGAAGCCUUGUCUGACGCCGAUCUACUGUCUCCAGACCGGUUCGGCGCAGGCUCUGGUCGGCGGAACUUGCAGGGCACAAGUGCAGACAACCUUCGUCAAGACGAGAUGUGCUUCCAGACAAGCGUCCGCGGGCUUCUAUACAACCUACCGCAUUCUGUAAAACGAAUGGCACCGCCCCCUGGCGUCAUGGGCAUCAAAGCCAAAGGACAAGGAGCCAGCACCGGAGCGGCCAAGAGCGGCAGUGCAUUUGUUAUGUACUAUCCAGCCUCGCUUCGAAUCUGGAAACAGCAAGAAGAAACCAAUGACCUCCUCGAGUUGUGGAUCUCACGGGCUCAGCGCGGCGAGCUGCUAUCCACAAGCAGUGGGCCAUUCAAACACGCACUCCCAACCGGGGGUGUAGAAACAUGGAAACGAAACACCGCACCAUUACAAACCUCAUCAACCUCAUCAACCGCUUCGUCCCGCCAAGGCAACGACGAACCACUACCAACUCUCCUCGGCAGCGGCGGUUCAGCACGCUACGAAAUGCUCCUCGAGCGACUCCCCUACCUGACCACCAUUCUCCGCAAGUCGCGCAUGCCCUCGCCCUCAACUGCCGCCACGAUCCGCGAGAUCCAGAAGAUCACUUCGUUCCACGGCACUGGGAGCAGCAAGGGAGGAUAUGAGGAAGACGGUGAGGACACUUUGGAGCAACAAGGUGGUGAGCAGGAGCAGUGGGCGACUGAUAAGGAUACGCCUGCGACGCCACGGAAGAAGAAAGGCGUGAGGCUUGUUGAGAGUAAAGAGAAAGAUGAAGAGGAGUCGGCGAUUGCGGGGUUGUCGGCGAAGGGAGCAAGUUUGGUGCUGGAGGACGAUGAUAUUGAGGACUGAAGUUGUGCGUUAUGACUGUAGAUAACGGUCCGUUUGGAAGACCAUGGCGUUCAAGGCGAAGGGAAGCAGAGUAUAUGCUACAAGCAUCGCAAUGAUCAAG